AUCACGAAUCACCAACACCCUCUCCUCCACCUUCCAUCCCGAUCACCGCCGCCACCGCUUUCGUUCCACGUCCCGAUGGCACCGGUAGAUCUAACCCCCAGGCAGCCCCGGAAGGCGUAUGGCGGCGACGCCGGCGCCUACUACGAGUGGAGCCCAGCCGACCUGCCCAUGCUCGGCGUCGCCUCCAUCGGCGCAGCCAAGCUCUCCCUCGCCGCCGGUGGGCUCUCGCUCCCCAGCUACUCCGACUCUUCCAAGGUCGCGUACGUUCUUGAAGGCACUGGCACCUGCGGCAUCGUCCUGCCGGAGGCGACCAAGGAGAAGGUGCUGGCCGUGAAGGAGGGCGACGCCCUCGCGCUCCCCUUCGGCGUGGUCACGUGGUGGCACAACGGCCCCGCCGCGCCGACCCAGCUCACGGUCCUCUUCCUCGGCGACACCUCCAAGGGCCACAGGCCGGGGCAGUUCACCAACUUCCAGCUGACGGGCGCGAGCGGCAUCUUCACGGGCUUCUCCACCGAGUUCGUGUCGCGCGCGUGGGACCUGCCGGAGGCGAACGCCGCGGCGCUGGUGUCGAGCCAGCCGGCGUCGGGCAUCGUCAGGGCCUCGUCCCCGCUGCCGGCGCCCUCGGCGCAGGACCGCGAGGGGGUGGCGCUCAACUGCCUGGAGGCGCCGCUGGACGUGGACAUCCCGGGCGGGGGCCGCGUGGUGGUGCUCAACACGGCGAACCUGCCCCUGGUCAGGGAGGUCGGGCUGGGCGCCGACCUGGUCCGCAUCGACGCGCACUCCAUGUGCUCCCCGGGCUUCUCGUGCGACUCGGCGUACCAGGUCACCUACAUCGUGCGCGGCAGCGGGCGCGUGCAGGUGGUCGGGCCCGACGGGGUGCGCGUCCUGGAGACGCGCGUCGAGGGCGGCUUCCUCUUCAUCGUGCCCCGCUUCCACGUGGUGUCCAAGAUCGCGGACGCGUCGGGCAUGGAAUGGUUCUCCAUCAUCACCACCCCCAACCCGAUCUUCAGCCAUCUGGCCGGAAAGACGUCGGUGUGGAAAGCCAUCUCGGCGGAGGUGCUGCAGGCGUCGUUCAACACCACGCCGGAGAUGGAGAAGCUGUUCCGGUCCAAGAGGCUUGACUCGGAGAUCUUCUUCGCGCCCCCGUCCAACUGAGCAAAUAGGCGGAAGCCCACGGUGGAGUGCUCUCGUGAAGUCGUCGUGGUUAGAUUAGCAUUAGCUUAGCUCGCCUUAAUAAAGAGAGAAUGGUGGUGGUCCUCGGCUCACUGCUUCUUCAGUAGCUUCAGUCGUUCAGUGGUUCAGUCGUUGCGUCGGUCGGUUGUCGUGUCCGUUCGUCGAACUGCCAAGUUUUGUUAAUUAUUAUUAUUGUCACCCUCUGUUUUGUCUAGGUCUAGGGCUGGAAAAAAACUUUAAGCCGCGGCUUGUUCAGGCUCGCGAGCUAUAUUGUUUUAAUUAAUCUAUAAAAUAAUAAUAAAUAUUAUAAUUCUAUAGAUAA